AUGUCGAACAACGUGGAGAAGACAGCUGUUAUUCCGGAUGACGAUGAGCCGGAUGAUUGGGACAAGCGGAUCUUCAGCACAGGCUGCCAUACUGAGCAGGAUAAGAUGAAUGACUGCUACUAUGCAAAGAAGGACUGGCGCGAAUGCAAAAAAGAGAUGGAAGCUUUCCGCGAGUGCUGGAAGCGCCAGGGCAACGAUCAGCGAACACAGACCAAAGACGCAUAA